AAAGCGAAGGCAUCUGUCUACACUCUACAGUCAAUAAAAUACGAAAAUGGAAACCACGAAAAGAAAAGAAGGGGAAGCCCCGCGCCAGCCUAUAAACGAGAACUCCCUGCUCCUCCCCGAGCUCUCCCUAGUCUUCGGAUCACGCACUCGCACUACGGGGUCCAAAGAACUGCGUGGCGCAAAUGGCGACGGCAGCGAGGAGAUAGCAGCUAUAGGGCCAUGAGGUGCAAGAGGCACCCGUACGAGUGCGGGGUCGGCGUGUGCGCGUCCUGCCUCCGCGACCGCCUCCUCGCGCUCGCCGCCGCGCAGAACGAAGCUUCCUCCCUGCCGCCGGCGCCGCCAACGCCGGAUCAGCCUGCAGUCCAGCUCUUCCCGCGCUCCGUGUCGCCGUACGUGUCCCGCCGGAAGUCUGACGCCUCGGUCCCGGGGUCGUGGAAGAGGCACCCGAGCCGCCUCUUCUUCCGGACGCCCCAGGUGGGGCCUUCCUAUGGCGUCGGAACCGGCUUCGAGGAAGGCGACAUAGGAGGAUUCCAGAUCAAGCCGCCGCGGCCACGCCGUAGCAAGCUCUCCGCCCUCGCCGCGCUCUUCGGCCACCGCCCAGGGUCGAAGGGCGGUGCCAGGGAGGAACGGAGGCACGGAUCUUGGCUCGCGGGGAUCAUGCCACGUGGUCGCCGGAAGAAGGCGCCGGUACGCACCGCAUCGCCGCAUCGGCGCUCUCCGCCCCGCGCGGUCAGCGACUACCGGGGGCUCUCGCCAGCGAGGUGCUCUGUCACCGACGAAGAAGGCAGCGGGGAGAGCAGCUCCCUGGCGGCGGAUUCGCCGUGGCGGCCUUCCCCGUCGCCGAUGCGGAAAGCUCCCUGCCGCCGCUUCCACGGAGGCGCCGGGCCCGGUGUCUCGGUGUGCAUCAGCCCGCUCGUGCGGCCCAGCUCGGCCCGGCACCACCGGGGGGUGAAUCCGCCAGACGUCCCCGCCGUGUCCGGAGAGCUCCGGCCGUCGCCCCACCACCGGCUCUCCUCGCUCCACCACUGCCGCUCCUGGAAGCUCGCCGACGGCGGCCGCUUCCGGUGAACAUCGUCCUCCUCUUCAUUUUCUUCUCUUUUCCCGCGUUCCAGUUAUUUCUCCCAAAUUUUCUGACGGCCAUUUUUUGUUUGGGAAUUCGCCCUUUUCCCCUUUAGCUUUACGUGUAAACUGGAAAACGAAUUAGUGAGUGCCCACGAGGGGCGGCUAGCUGUUGCACUGACAUAUGGGCACCGACAUUUUCCAUCUCCACGUGUAUAGGUGUCUCUCUGUCAGCUGAACAUGUUUCAGCACUGUAAAAAAGCUUAUUGUGUUGUGGAUAAUUUAUUUAUGUGUCAGAACUUUAUGUGUUUUA